AUGAAAACUUAUGAGUGUCCCUUUUGCAAACGCAUCUUCCAUCGUCAAGAGCACCAAGCUCGUCAUAUCCGAAGUCAUACAGGUGAAAAACCAUUUGUUUGCUCAUAUUUCGAAUGUCGGAAACGGUUCACGCGUCGCGACGAGCUCAUCCGACAUGCUCUUGUCAAUCCUGACGUCCUUUCCGUUACUGUUGAUGAUACUCAACCUCAUCAAUUAACGAAUGAAGAAUCUUCUUCUAAAGCUGAUCUUCCAGAGGACUCGGAUGCCAAAAAAUCUUCCGACCCAGUUCAGGCUGCGGUUGUUGCUCUAUCUGUAGCAUAUGCAAAGCCAACAACAGUAUCUCUGACUCCGCAAGAUGUCCAAAUACAAUCAAAAGGAACGGUCAGGCCUCGGAGAAAAUCCGUUUCCAAUGUCGCCGCUCUUCACUCUAAAAAUGGUGGUUCCUUUCGUCGUUUCUCCGUUUCUGACAUCCUGAAUCAAGGCACUACAUUAGGCUUUACAGCUUUAUCACCUUCUUGUUCUUCUCCUUCCUCGGGCUCAUCUGGCCCCUCCGCAAGCCCCCAAAUGCUUUCUGUUAAGGAAGAAUCGCAUGUAAAUGAUUAUCCCAUCAUAUCCCAUCAUAAUCGAAGAAGGAUUUCCGUUCCUUCCAAGCGCCCUCCCUUUUUCUCAUCUUCUUCUGCCGCUACUACAAACUCCGUUUUAUCUUCUACUCAAUUAGCUCCUUCUAACGCUUCGUUUGGUUACCCUUAUAAAUCUAUGCCUCUUGUUCCCUUACAACAGUCUCCCACUCAGCAUUCAUCAUAUGGGACUCAACCGAUGACACAAAUGUCAGCCCCGUAUGCACAGGUUCCUCCUACAGCACCAAACCAAAGCGUUUUGAAUGCUUAUCAGGCACAAGCCGUGCUCGUAGCUCCUUCCCAAGAGUUUUCUAUGCACUCACCUGUUGCAACUAGCAAUCUUUCUCGUUACGCUCCUUCACAGGACGCCUACAUGGGAUCUGCAGAUGAGAGUACACAACCUUAUUCUGGAAUGCCAUCAGGCAUGGAACAGCGUCCCUUUUUAUUGCCCAAUCUUACCGGAGUUUCGCAGUCUACGCGCAUUUUACCUGAUCAGCGUCCUUCGUUAAGAGCCCUGCCCACUUUAGAACCACCUUCGAAUUCUAACACCACAUUGGCUUUUCCAUCCUGUACAUUACAAACUUUAUUUCGAAAAGAUUGA